AUGAGUGAGGCAGGAGAGGCCACCCUCACGGAGGUGGCCGCCUCCGACUCCCCCCAAGCCGGCUCCCUCCAAGCCAGGAAGAGAGAUCUGUCGUCCUUGGGAGGCGGAGACUCUGUCCAGGCCCUAGUCACCAGCCACCUCUGCGAAAACUCUGUCCCCGAGGCCACCGUGGCAGCUGGCACCAAGGAAAAGGCGCCCAAGCAAGUGAUCGCCAAGAGGGUGAGUGGAUCCGUCAAGUGGUUCAAUGUAAAGAACGGGUACGGUUUCAUCACCAGGCACGACACCCAGGAAGAUGUGUUCGUUCACCAGACGGCCAUCACCCGGAACAACCCCCACAAGUACCAACGCAGCGUGGGGGAAGGCGAGACCGUGGAGUUCCACGUGGUGCAGGGCAAGCAGGGCAUCGAGGCUGCGAACGUGACCGGGCCAGGCGGCGCCCCAGUGGAGGGCAGCCGCUUUGCGGCAAACCGACCCCGCUUCCGCCGUGGCUUCCACACCCGCCAUCGCGCGCCACAGCAUCGCAGCGCCAGGGGCCCUGAGGGGGACGUCUAUGGCUACGACUAUGACUACCACUGCAACUACGACUACUACUACUACGACUACUACGGCUGCUACCACUACUACGACUACUGCGGCUACUAUGACUACGACUACCAGGGCAGCAGAGAAGACUUCGCCUUCGCCCAGGGCCAGAGGCGCCACCUGCACCGCCGCCCCCAAGACCAAAGGCUGAGGCGCUUUCCGCCCUUCCGCAGGGCCUGGGCUGUGACCCGCCGCCCUUCCACCUCCGCUCCUGCCAGCCGCCCUCCGCAGGCCGCCCAGCUGCCUGGGUCUGCACCAGCCGCCGGGCCGGAGGGCUCACCACCACGCCGUGGGCCUGGCCCCAGCUACCGCUUGAGUCGCCCUAGGGGCCGAGGCAUGGCCCCUCGUCCAAAGUCCUCUGAGCAGCUGGAGGCAGAAAACAAGGAGAGCGGGAGCGAUGCUGGCUCUGCAGCCUGCGGCCCCAACAACCCCAUCCACAGCCAGCAGCAGCCGUCUGGUGCCCAGGACCACAGCCCUGAAGGAGGAGAGGAAGACACCACCAGGAAGGGCCCUGCUGGAAAACCCGCUUGCAUUGCCAAUCAGAGCAGCACCUCAGAGGAGGACGCCGCAGUUGCAGAUGCCACCUCUGCUGCACAGGCCCAGUGA